AUGACUGCCGUUGCCAUCCUCGCGUCGUGGGGCGCAAUUGAUGUUUCCCUCCGUGGUUUCCAUCUUGCCUUCCCGCCAAAGAUCCAUGAUCGAGAUUUUCUCACAAAUUAUUGUGUCAGAACAUGUGGUGGAACGCAAGCGGAAGCUCUUUCAAGGGGCUGUCUUUAUGAUCAUAUCGAGAAUCGUUUUACUCGACCGGAUUGCGUAAAUCCACUACUGAAUGACGAAUUUUCACAGCUUGGGCCCGGGAAGAACGGAUCGUGGAUUUAUCAGGUCGAUGUGGAAGGCAAUGGGACUUUUACGUCUAUGGAAGCUGCAGAAAUGCUCGAAAACAUUCGACCAGGGUUAAGAGUGUGGCAAACUGGAAGACAACACACGCUUCACUGCCUCUUUGUGUGGCGGCGGAAUGCAUUAAGUCAUUUUGAUGGCACGAUUAUCACAAUGGAUCGAAAGGAACUUUUUGAGCAUGAUGCACAUUGCGCUCGGAUGAUCACGAACAGGUUAGCUGGAGAUGACUUAGAGAAGUAUGUCACGGUCACAACGUAUGGGCCUCUAGACCAAGAGGCCAAGGACAGGGCAGAAAAAUUCUUCGCGGAACAGGCUGAACGUCUACGCACAGGCAAUGGGGUUGUAGCUCCAAUCUUUCAUGGAGACGGUCUUCGCAGACUAAUGUGA